AUGCCCCCUCCUGUCGGCAGAUACGGGCCUUCGGGUCUCGGUGCUCCUUAUGCUAUCCAACAAGCUCAUCUUCAAUCUCAACAUCCCCACGCUCAAUCAGCCAACUCGGCUCUCCCGCCCCCUUCACUUGGUGGCCACCCUGGUUUCGCCGGUAACCCGAACACGAACAUCAAUCCCUUCACAUUAUCUAGCGCAGGCGUUACGAACGGCAUGUCAGUCGCUGGCUUCGGGGGCGCUGAUAGUGGUGGGACCGGGCUCGCUAGCCACGCGGCGCAGAUGGGGUUCGCGCGGGGAGCGCAGAUGCAACAGCAACAACUACACCAAGGCCAUGAUGGACGGUUAGCACUGGAAGCGAAGGCGGGUGCAGUGAAAUCAAGAAUACGAGAUGUGUGGAAGCACAACCUGGCCCACGAAAUGGCGGUUUUAAGAUCAUUGGUGGAUAAGUACCCAUACAUCAGCAUGGACACCGAGUUCCCCGGCAUCGUUGCUCGACCGAUCGGCUCAUUCACCACCAAAGCGGAUUACCACUACCAGACCCUUCGAUGCAAUGUCGACUUGUUGAAAAUGAUCCAGUUGGGAAUUACGCUGUUCAAUGAGGAUGGAGAAGUCGCCCCAGCUACAUCUACCGAUGCCAACGGUCAACCAUUCGGCAACUCAAUGGUCCCAGCCCCAUGCACAUGGCAGUUCAACUUCCGCUUCUCGCUGGAGGGAGAUAUGUACGCUCAAGACUCUACGACUAUGCUGGCCAAAUCUGGAAUUGACUUCAAUCAACACGAGAAAAACGGUAUUGAUCCGUUUGAGUUCGGGUCAUUGUUAAUCAGCUCAGGUUUGGUGCUCCUGGAUGAUGUCCACUGGGUCUCCUUUCACUCAGGAUACGAUUUCGGCUACCUGAUGAAGAUCAUGCUCUGUUCCCCCUUGCCGGAACGUGAGGAGGAAUUCCACGAUCUUCUAAAUAUUUUCUUCCCUUCUCUAUACGACAUCAAGUACCUUAUGAAACACGCCGGUCGCAACCAAGCCGUCAAUGAUUCGCCCCUUACACCCGCCGCCAUGCAAAUUCUCAACAAUCUGGGCCAGAAAUCUGGGCUACAGGAUAUUGCAGACGAACUUGGUGUCAAGCGUGUCGGAAUUGCUCACCAAGCCGGUUCCGAUUCCUUGGUGACAGGCGAGAUCUACUGGAAGAUGCGCCAGAUGGUUUUUAACGGAACAAUCGACGAUAGCAAAUACUCUGGCCAGAUUUGGGGUCUCAACGGACAUAUGCCCGCUAUGACUUACAACAUGGCCCAACAAACGCCCAACCUUAAUGGCGCAACCAUUUACUCUGGAGCCGGCACACCAAGCACCCCCAAUACUGGACACCUCUCAAUGGGUGCUCACACCCCUCAACACCCUGGAUCCGGUUAUCACACUCCUAGCGGGAUGACAGGGAAGGCAUGA